AUGGAAUGUAAAGGUUUUCUUGCUAAAACAGCUUCUAAACUGCUUGACAAAACACCAAUAAAUUAUCGGCUGGUAAGAAAUAUGUUUUGUCUGGAUCCAAGGCUAAUGGCAUCAGAGAAAGAACGAUGUGUUAACAAAAUGAAAAGAGUUCUGGAAAUUCUUGUGGAAGCCCACAGAUUGAAGGAUGAUGAGUGUGAUGAGGUGAUAAAUCAGUUUGGACAGUUUCUGGAUGAAUGUGCAGGUAAUCCUGACUUUGAAGAUUUUGACCCCAGUGAACCCUCUUCAAGAGUUGACACUAUUGUAUGAACACAUUGCUGGUGAUAAGCAACUGGUCAAAGUGUGGAGAGUGGUUGAAUUACUGCUGCUAAUUUCUCAUGGUCAAGCCACAGUUGAACGAGGCUUUUUUGUAAACAAAGAAGUGUAGUUGAGAGCCUGUCAGAAAGAUCGUUCAUUGCACAGAGGAUUAUUCACGAUCAUAUUGAAUCAGUUGGAGGCCUUGCCAAUGCACAAAUAUCAAAGCAACUUCUUAUGUCAUUUGCUGUCGUGCUACAGAAGUAUCUUUCCUAGAAGAGCAGAAGAGAGUUAAAGUGCCCAGGAAAAAAUGCUUAAUAGAAAGGCGACAAUGGAUUAGAUUGAUGUGCUUAAGAAGAAGAAACCGCAGUUUAAAAAUUUUCUGA